AGUUAACGCAGCUCUCCAAUUGAUUCAACUCAACGGUGAUUCCUCCUCCUUUUCAUCUAAGGAGGGCAAAGAUAAUGGCGGGUUGGAGAAGAAAAGAGAUGAAGAAAGCGUAGGGAAAAGCAUUGAAAUAUCUUCGGCUUUGAAGAACACAAUGAUUGAGGAAGACAACUUCGAUGUUGGUGAAGCUUUCCCGCCAGGGAAUAGGAAGUUCCGAUCCAUUCUCGACAUCUAUAACGAGAUGAAGCCUUUGUCCACCAACAACAAGAAGGAUAAUAAAGCCGCAGCAGCAG